AUGGUGAACUUCACAGUUGACCAGAUGCGUGAGAUCAUGGACUAUACGAAGAAUAUUCGUAAUAUGUCCGUCAUUGCUCACGUUGAUCACGGUAAAUCCACAUUGACGGACUCAUUGGUGUCGAAAGCCGGUAUCAUCUCAGCAAAACAUGCUGGUGAAGCCCGUUUUACCGACACACGUGCUGAUGAGCAAGAACGUUGUAUUACUAUCAAGUCUACUGGUAUUUCAAUGUUUUUUGAAUACGACAUGGACGUUGGAGAGGCAGCUACUGCUGCUGCUAUUGCCAAAGAGUCCAAUGAUGCGGCUGCCGCUGCUGCUGGAGGCGAGACAGAAGAAGUGCAGAUUUCUAAGAAUUCAUACUUGAUCAAUCUGAUUGAUUCACCUGGUCACGUUGACUUUUCGUCGGAAGUAACGGCUGCUCUACGUGUAACGGACGGUGCUUUGGUUGUCGUUGAUUGUAUUGAAGGUGUUUGCGUGCAGACGGAGACAGUGUUGCGUCAAUCAAUUAGUGAACGCGUGAAGCCUGUACUCAUGGUGAACAAAGUGGAUCGUGCUUUACUUGAGCUACAUCUUGAGCCUGAGGACUGCUACCAAUCAUUUACUCGUGCUAUUGAGACGGUAAACGUAGUUAUUGCCACUUAUUUUGAUGAAAAGCUGGGAGAUGUUCAGGUGUAUCCCGAGAAGGGCACGGUCGCCUUUGGUUCAGGUCUCCAUCAGUGGGGUUUUACCCUGAAAAAGUUUGCUCGUCUAUAUUCAAAGAAGUUUGGUAUUGCUGAAGACAAGAUGAUGCAGAAGCUGUGGGGUGACUGGUACUUUGAUGCCACCAACAAGAAGUGGACGAGCAAAAACAACGCGGAGGGCUCUCUCAAGCGUGCUUUCUGUCAGUUUAUCAUGGAUCCCAUCAUCAAGAUGUUCGAGGCCAUCAUGAAUGACAAGAAGGCCAAGUACGAGAAGAUGAUGAAGGCCGUGGGCGUUGAGCUCAAGUCGGACGAGAAGGAGCUUACAGGCAAACCCUUGCUGAAGCGUGUCAUGCAGCGCUGGCUACCAGCUGCCGAUGCUGUUCUUGAGAUGAUUGUGGUACAUUUGCCGUCCCCUGUGACGGCCCAGAGGUACCGUGUUGACACUCUGUACGAAGGUCCGCAGGACGAUGAGUGCGCUGAGGCUAUUCGCAAGUGUGACGUCAAUGGUCCUCUCGUCAUGUACGUGUCCAAGAUGGUGCCGACCUCGGACAAGGGUCGUUUCUAUGCUUUUGGUCGUGUAUUCGCGGGCAAGAUCGCUACCGGUCAGAAAGUCCGCAUGCUUGGUCCUAACUACGUGCCUGGCAAGAAGACUGACCUGUGGGUGAAGAACAUCCAGCGUACGGUCAUUAUGAUGGGUCGUUAUGUUGAGCAGACGCCUGACAUUCCAGCUGGUAACACGUGCGCCUUGGUUGGUGUUGACCAGUACUUGCUGAAGUCUGGUACGAUUACCACAUCUGAGACGGGUCACACGAUCCGUACUAUGAAGUUCUCCGUGUCACCUGUUGUGCGUGUGGCUGUUGAGCCCAAGACCGCUGCGGACCUGCCUAAGCUUGUGGAGGGUAUGAAGCGUUUGUCGAAGUCUGACCCUAUGGUUCUGUGUUACACGGAGGAGUCGGGUGAGCACAUUAUUGCUGGUGCCGGUGAGCUUCACCUCGAGAUCUGUUUGAAGGAUCUGCAGGAGGAGUUCAUGGGCACGGAGGUAAAGAUUUCGGAGCCUGUUGUGUCCUACCGUGAGACGAUUACGGGCACUUCGUCGAAGACGUGUCUGUCCAAGUCGCCGAACAAGCACAACCGUUUGUUCUGCGAGGCUGGUCCUCUGAGCGAUGAACUGACGCAAGAAAUUGAGGAAGGAAAGGAUGAAGUGAGCCCUCGCUUCGAUCAAAAGCUGCGGGCUCGCUAUCUGGCCGAUAACCACGGCUGGGACGUGACGGACGCCCGUAAGAUUUGGGGCUACGGUCCCGAUGGCACAGGUGCAAACUUGUUUGUGGACGCCACCAAGGGUGUAUCAUAUCUGAAUGAAAUUAAGGAGUCGGUGCUUGGCGGCUUUAACUGGGCCACCAAGGAUGGUGUUCUAUGCGAGGAAAUUGUGCGUGGUAUGCGUGUGAACCUGCUGGAUGUGGUGCUGCACGCUGAUGCUAUUCACCGUGGCAUGGGCCAGAUCUUACCUACCACUCGCCGUGUGGUGUACGCUUGUCAGCUGGUAUCAGAGCCUGCUCUGAUGGAGCCUGUCUUCCUUGCCGACAUUCAGGUGCCUCAGGAUGCUGUUGGCGGUGUCUAUGGAGUGCUGACUCGUCGUCGUGGCCACGUGUUUGCUGAGGAGCAGCGCCCCGGUACUCCAAUGAUGCAGCUGAAGGCUUACUUGCCUGUUAACGAGUCAUUUGGUUUCACGGCUGACCUGCGUCAAGCUACAGGUGGCAAGGCUUUCCCGCAAUGUGUGUUUGACCACUACCAGGUUGUGAGCGGUGACCCGACUGACACGAACAACAUGUCCGGCAAGCUGGUAAACGCUGUACGUAUCCGCAAGGGUCUGCCCGCUGAGGUGCCACCUCUCGCCCGUUUCGACGACCGCUUGUAA